AGGACACACUGGCUCUGACACUAUGUGCAACUAAGUUAGAUUUUUCAUUGUGCGUGUUUAAAUGUAUCUAAUUAUAAGAAACGUUACGAACAACCUGCCCUUUUUUGAACAAUAAUAUGGGGUAGCUCCACUUUUAUAUUCUUUUUUGCUGUUUGCCUCGAUGUCAAGAGAUAUACCCGCACGAGAGGACUAUAUUCUCCCGGUGAAAUUUAUAUACUUUAAAUAAGAAAAGCAAGUGGAACGUAAGUAGAGUUCUUGCCACGGAGGCUCGAUGGUUGGGCUUCGUCUGUCCCUGAAGCAGAGGUAUUCGGUGCUGCUGUGUUUUGCUGUCGGGGCAAUAAUCGUUCACUUCUCAAGGUAAGGCAAACACACGCAGCUUGCACGAGCCAAAGGGAGGUUGAACACCGGCGUAAACCAGGAAUAAACAAGCGUUAUUAUUAAUGAAUAAUAAUGAAGCAAAUAGAAACUUUACAAAUGUAAAUAUUGCGUUCAUCCCUCUGGAUUUGCGCGGUUAUUUUGAGUGUUUAAUUACAUUCUGAAGUUGCGGGUUAUGUAAACCAAGUUGCCUAUGAACUUUUACCUGGCUCACCUGGAUUGCGGACAUUGAACGUGAUGUCAACGCAACACUUCACCCGACUUCACUCUGCAAAUCCUUUUUAGUGCUGAUUUAUGUACAUAUACAUGUAGAGGAUAUCUCCUUUGUUCCUUUGUGGUCAAAAUCAAAGGAUUUUGUUCCUCAUUCCCGGGUCCUUCUGCUGCGAGGACAUUCCAAUGCAGUGAAUCCAGUUUUCUGAUCAGCUGAAACUGGGCUCUGAUGUUUUGCCCGAGGGCAUUUUUGUUCUCCGUGCCGGCCUCCCAUGACCCGGUGGAACUAUGUCUCAAAUGUCUCCGUGGCCUUCAAUCCAUUCGCAGUAGUUGACCGAGUCAUUUCUCCGGCGAACUGUACUUUGUCCCCCUCCCGUAGGAAUCGCCUCGCAGCGAGAAGAAUGAGCCGCGUGGACGGUUUGAGGGCCAACUCCUCUCAGUUCACUCUGGGGGGAGAACCCUUCCGCAUCCUGGGGGGCUCCAUCCACUACUUCCGUGUCCCCCGAGCCUACUGGGAGGACCGGCUGCUGAAGAUGAAGGCCUGUGGCCUCAACACCCUCACCACUUAUGUGCCGUGGAACCUGCAUGAGCCCGAGCGAGGGGUCUUCGACUUUGAGGACCAGCUCGAUUUAGAAGCUUACCUCCGACUCGCGGGCCGCUUGGGCCUCUGGGUCAUCCUGCGUCCGGGGCCGUACAUCUGUGGCGAGUGGGAUUUAGGGGGACUACCCAGCUGGCUACUACGGGAUCCAGACAUGAAACUGAGAACAACCUACCCGAGCUUCACCGAUGCCGUCGACUCCUUCUUUAAUCAAGUCAUUAAGAGGGUUGUUCCACUUCAGUACUCCGAGGGCGGCCCGAUUAUCGCAGUUCAAGUGGAGAAUGAGUAUGGCUCCUACGCCAAAGAUGGAGAGUACAUGCCUUUCAUCAAGGAGGCAUUGUUGUCGCGGGGCGUCACGGAGCUGCUGCUGACCUCAGACAACAAGGAAGGGCUGCAGCGCGGAGGAGUGAAAGGAGCACUAGAAACCAUCAAUUUCCAGAGACUGAACCCGAAUGACAUCAAAUAUCUGGAUGGAAUACAACCUCAGAAGCCUAAGAUGGUGAUGGAGUUCUGGUCGGGCUGGUUUGAUCUUUGGGGGGAGCUCCAUCAUGUGUUCCCAGCUGAGGACAUGGUAGCUGUGGUCACGGAGAUCCUCAGGCUGGACAUGUCCAUCAACCUCUACAUGUUCCACGGAGGGACUAAUUUUGGCUUCAUGAGCGGAGCGUUUGCCGUCGGAAUGCCGGCGGCCAAACUGAUGGUGACGAGCUACGAUUACGAUGCUCCAUUAUCCGAGGCUGGGGAUUACACCACCAAGUACCGUCUUCUGAGGGACGUAUUCAGCCGCUACCACGCCCAGCCUCUCCCUGAUCCGCCCUCUCAUCGCGAGACGACAGCGUACCAGCCCGUUGUCAUCCAGCAACACCUGUCUCUGUGGGACAGCCUGCACUUCACUGACAAGCCUUUGAAGUCCGAGAGGCCGGUGAACAUGGAGAACCUCCCCGUCAACAACAACAACGGCCAGUCCUACGGGUACACUCUGUACGAGACCCCCAUCACCAGCGAGGGGACCCUCAACUCAAAGAACAACGUUAGAGACAGAGCACUGGUUUUUGUGGGCAAACAUUUUGUUGGUGUUUUGGAUUUUGAUACUCAAGAACUUGCAGUCCCUGAUGGGAAGGGAAAAAGAACUCUGAGUUUACUGGUGGAGAACUGUGGAAGAGUGAAUUAUGGAAACACUCUGGAUGAGCAGCGCAAAGGUCUUGUCGGGGAUAUCGAGUUCAACAAGCGGCCUCUCCGUGACUUCAUAAUUCGUAGUUUGGAAAUGAAGCCAGCUUUUGUAGACAGUCUGUGCCGUUCAGGCCACUGGGCGUCUAUGCGUCAGCAGCCCACCUUCCCGGCUUUUUUCCAGGGCAAACUCCAUGUGAGCGGCUCUCCUAAAGACACCUUCAUCAAACUGCCUGGCUGGAGCAAAGGUGUGGUGUUUGUCAACGGCAAGAAUCUGGGUCGCUAUUGGUCCAUCGGCCCUCAGCAGACUUUGUAUGUCCCGGGACCCUGGCUUCACAGGGGGGACAACCAGGUCGUAGUGUUUGAGGAGCAGGAAACUGACGGCAGGAUUCAGUUCUCCGGCGGCGGCGAGUACGGCAUGACCGUCGAUGUCCAGUGAGACGCCGUCACGGCAGGGGGUCCCUGGCUCUGACUCAGGGACUGUUUUAUUGUGACAUUCUAUUGGACCCUAUUUUUUUUUUAACAGCGCCAUUAUCUUGCAUUCAUAUGCUUCCACGCAAACCACGAGGCUUCUUCUUCUAUUGUCACAAAGGGUUGUAAAAUCUCUACAGACGUAAUUUAUAAUCUCUGCUCCGUGAAAAGGGUUAUUAACAAAGGGCGGCGUGACCUCCGUGUCUGUCAGGAAGCUUGUGAACUGCUUUAUUUGUGCUGCACACUGAGAGCCUGUUUGAUACAAACCUGCUUACUUUUUAGAUGUACCCUCUUGUGAUCCCGCUGUGAACUCCUGCGGAGAAGUAAAGAUCAGAAGCCGUCUUUGCAGAGUGUCUUUUCUCCUCUUUUACGUGUGGUGCCUGCUUACCAGCCUCACAUCCCACCUAUUUUCUUUAGGGAAUGAUGCCACAAGGAAGCGGUGCUGUGACAUUUGAAGAAUAAGCCGUUUAAUCGAUGGUAUUUUGACAUGUGUCGGUAUGGCAGGUUAUAUGUGGACAAAGCCUAAAAAACCAAAAUAUCAAUAAAAAUAUCCUUAUAAUUAAAAAAAAGAAUCAUAAAAAUUGCCAUGAUAUAGUAUGUUAUCAGAUUGCCAUAAAAAGGUGUCAGUACAGUAUGCCGUAAAAUAGUCAUAACAAUAUCAUAUUAUAAUAAUUCUUGGAGGUUCCAUUAAAAUAUCAUGAUAGAGUAUUCCAUCAUAAUGCAAGAAGAAUAUUACGGCAUUGAAUGUCAGGAUAAAAUAUUCAAAGAGCAGAGACGUGUAUGAUUGACAAACAUAUUACAGUGUAGUAAAUGCCACAGUGUAGCAUGUCAUAAAAAUGAGUAAUUACCCGUUGGCUUCAAUUCUGUUUUUGAAGUUUUUUGACGUACUACUCAAUUACUUUUUCAUUACUGGUUUUGACCUAUUAUACAAUAACUUUAAUUCCAGCAUACUACAGUAUAACUUCUUAAUGGCUUUUUCCUGGCUCUCUCAGAUGUAUUAUGCAUUGACUAUUUGACACAUUAUACUGUGACUCUUGGUACUAUACAAUACAAUAUUUUAUGAUACUGUGACUUUUAUUGAUUCAAUACAAAGUAUGAGUUCUUGAUUACCUUUUUCAUGAUUUUAUUGAAAUGUUAUAUUAUUCUGACUUUUUUUCAAUAUGCUAUUUUCAUGACUGCCCUCGGCUUAUUCUGCGGCUUUUUUCAACAUACAAUAUUAUUAUUUUGAUGAACCCUCGCUUGAAAUAAAAUGAUAAUAAAAACCUAACCAUAACCUAUGGUUACCAAACCUAACCAUAAUAUGUUCACGCGUCUAAUGACAUGAUAUACUAUUGCUUUUCUAUGUCCUAGUGCACUUUGUAAUAUGAAUAAAAUACCACAAAGUUGUA